AUGAAUGUCUCUGCUCCAGUCACAUUUUUCAUCAUAGAAGGACUGCAGGAGAAGAAAAUGCUCAUGUUUGGUGUUUUUCUAACCGUGUACGUUGUGGUUCUAUGUGGCAAUGGCAUGAUUAUAUAUCUGGUGAGGACAGACCCUAAGCUUCAAACUCCUAUGUAUUUCUUUCUUCAUAGCCUCUCUUUCUCAGACAUAGUGUAUACAUCCGUAACUAUACCAAAUAUGCUCUCUGGCUUACUAAAAGAGGAGCACACCAUCUCCAAAACUGGUUGCUUAUUGCAGAUGUACUUUUUCCUCUCUAUGGCUGUGACUGGUCGCUCUAUCUUAACGGUCAUGGCUUUUGACCGCUACAUGGCUGUGUGUAACCCACUGCGCUAUGGUUCCCUCAUGACCCAGCCAGUGUGCAUCCUCCUGGUUGUGGUCGCGUGGUGCUUUGGGUCUGCAACCGUCCUGCCAUCCCUUUCCCUGGCCGUCCCCCUGCCCUUCUGCGGACCCAACAGGGUGAAGCAUGUCUUCUGCGACCAUUCGUCUGUGGUGAGGCUGGCGUGCGCCGACACGAGCGUCAACAGCGUCGUGUCUCUAACCCUCGCGCUGUUCGUCCUCCUUGGCACGUUCUCCCUCAUCCUGGCCUCGUACGUGUGCAUAGGUAAGGCGGUGCAUGGCAUGGGGCGGGUGGAGAGGACGAAGGCGUUCACCACCUGCGCCUCUCACCUGAUAGUGGUCUGCAUCUCGUACGUGUCGGCCACGUGCGUGUACGUCUCCUACCGCGUGGCCACGUUCUCCCCUGACGCACGUAUGAUCGUGGCGGUGCUGUACUCGGUUCUAACCCCUCUGCUCAACCCCAUCAUUUACAGCUUGAGGAACAAGGAGCUGUGGGAAGCCCUGACGAGAGCCCUCAGUAGAUGUCCUGCCGUGCCGAGCUCUCACAGGAAAACGAUCCCUACUUUAUCCUGA